AAACCAAAUGACCUUUCAACAAAACAUCACUGGAGUAGAAAUGAUCUAAUAUCACACUGACUCAGAGAGCAAGCCAGCAACAUCACUGUGGCAGGACUGAUAUGAAAUCAUACCUUGCAUUGACAUGGCUUUAUGUUUCCUGAAAAUCACAAACCUUUACUGUAUAUGUACUUUGCUCCCUCCAGCUUGAAGAAAAAGAUGUGUUAAAGAGUUUAUUCUCUUGACAGAGCUACAAGUAGCCUAUUUCUGAAGAAUGGCGCUGAGUGACCUCCUUUACCCAGACAACCCCAAGAGAAGGCAAGAACUGAUCCAUCUGCACCAGGAAUUGCUUGAUUGCAUGUCCACAAAUUUCCGUGCAACGAAUGAGCUGGCUGGAGUGCUGAAUGAACACCUGGGCUGUACCAUUACCCACAUUCAGAUGAGAGAGCACAGCACUGUCAAGGAAAACUGUGACAUUAUCAUCCAAGCGAUGAGUGAGAUUCAGCAUCAGGUACAGAAGAUUGAUAGUGACAUGAAGGAAAAGCUAGAGCCUGUGCUGUACCAGAAGCUGUAUGACAUCAAAGAGCCCGAGUUGGAGAAAAUUGCAAUAGCUCAUAAAGUUUUUUCCGUUGUUCUUGGAGAAGCGACUUCAACAGCUGGGAUGGUAGCUAUCAAACUUCUUGGCUCCAAUCUUAUAACUCUCACUGUGAGCAAGCUCGUCAGUCUCCUUGCGCAGAUUGGGGCAUCUGUUCUCGGGGGAAUCAGCAUCACCAUUCUCGGGCUUGGCAUUGAAAUGAUCCUCCACGCCAUCCUGGGAGCCGUGGAGAGGAAUCAGCUUCUGGCAGCUGUGAGAAGCUACGAGAAGCACCUGGCUGAGUUUAAAGCAGCCUCGGAAAAGUACCAGCGUGCCAUACGGGAAGUGACUUCUUUGGUGAGACAGCAGGUUCAGUGAAUGAAGUCGGAGUUCUCUCUCCUGCUGUGACAGUGGCUGCAGCAGCUACACCUGCAGAAUCCUUUUUGAUUUGUUAUGGUAAAUGAACUACUGAUGGCUUUUCUUCUUAUUAGUGGCAGCAGAGCAAGAGAUGUGACAGAUCAGGGAAUUGGCACUGAAAUAUAUUAAUAGGUAACAGGCUUAUAGGUGCUUCUGGGAGGCAACGCUUCAAAUACUUCACACCUUUCCUCCAGUUAUUUUCUGGAAUGCAUUGUAGAUAACCUUGAACUGUAAUUUGUACUAGUGACAAUAAUAUUCAUUCCUGGAGCUGUAGUGGUGAGAAGGUGUGAUUUUUCUCUUACUGUGUUUCUAUAACAAAGAUGGCAACAUGGUGCGAGGAAGCAAUUUCAUCAAGCCCGUCCGUGUCAUCACUUGGAGGGCUCAUCAGGACAGCUGUGGAUGCGAAACUCUUAGUGUGGAUUAGUGCUAAAUCUGGUAGGCUGAAUUCCCUGUUCAUUGAACUGCUUACAAGGACUAGCUGAAGCAUAUUUAACUGAUAUUUCCUGUCCGAUCCCUGCCUAAGGAGCCAGCCGCAGAUCUUCUUUAAAUAAACUCUAAUCCCAAUAGAUUAGCAGUUAAGAGAAGCAUGGGCCUACAGGCAAACACACAUAACCUUGCCCCCAGACUGAGAGAAACCAGCUACAGUGUUCCAGGCAUGCCUGGCUGUGAAUAACCUCUUAUGGUCAAUAAUGCCCUGCUCCUGUCAACCCACAGGUAAAUAUUUCUGUGCGGAGUUGCUGCUCUGUUGAUUGAAAUGGGAUUAUACACAUGUACAAGUGUCAGUAGGAUUACAGCCCUAUUAAUGCACUAAAUUUAUUUUCACGUGCUUUACCCAGUCCCACCAAUGUGGGACUGCCAAGAGCCUGCUCAGAUUCUGCACUUCACAAUAUGUUGCCAAAUGUCAUUAUUUUUGAGAUUUUAAAAACAAAGCUGGAUGCAAGAACGUGAUUUGCAGUCUCUUGCUCUGAUUUGCUGUGGUUUGCUUUUUUUGCUUUGAUAUUUGAAAAAAAAAAAUAUUAAGAAUUAAUAAAAAAGUACCUGAA